AUGAAUGUCCAGCUGGGUUUGGAGAACACCGGGGACAUGUCCAGCCAGGAGCAGGAGCUCAUGCACGGCCAAGGCAGAGCCUUACACUCUGCUCUCUCCAGACCUUCUCUGGUGGCCUCGGUGCUGGACAGCAGUGAGUAUCACCGAGCCGAGCACCACCUGGCUACCUCUUUGCACCCGGGGCUUGGCUUUGGUGGGGAUUCGCCCACUGGGGCUCCCAACAGCUACACCACCUUGACCCCCCUGCAGCCGCUGCAUGAGAAAUUCCACCACCAGCACCAUCACCACCAGUGCUUGCCGGUGGGCAACGUGAUUGGGAGCUUCACCCUGAUGAGGGAAGAAAGGGGCCUGGGUUCCGGCGGUAACUUUUACAGCCCUUACCACAAGGAUCUUGGCAUGGGGCAGAGUCUGUCGUCCCUGCCCAGCCCUAACCUGACCCCCAUGCAUAGCUAUGGCCACUCUGCCGGACACUUGGGCAACGAGAAGAUGGUGGCGGCCAAUAACUUCGAAGCCCACCCUGCCAUGUUUGGCAGGAUCGACCAGCACUUUUCCAGGGAGCUUUCCCCCUCCCAGAACUCCACCAUGGGAUCCCCCAACAGCAUGGGCCAGCACCCCUAUGGUCAUGCCAGGCCGGACAUGAAUUCCAGACCCAACCAGCCCAUCUCCACCCAAACCACCAUCCUCUCCAGCCAGCUGGAGGAGAUCAACACCAAAGAAGUGGCCCAGCGGAUCAUCGCUGAGCUCAAGAGAUACAGCAUCCCGCAGGCCAUCUUUGCCGAGAGGGUGUUGUGCCGGUCUCAAGGCACCUUGUCAGACCUCCUCAGGAACCCUAAACCCUGGAGCAAACUCAAGUCCGGGAGGGAGACUUUCAAAAGGAUGUGGCGCUGGCUGCAGGAGCCGGAGUUUCAGAGAAUGGCAGCUUUAAGGUUAGAAGCCUGCAAAAGGAAAGAGCAAGAGCAAAGCAAAGCCGACAGAAACCACGUCCCUAAGCGGCACCGGCUGGUCUUCACGGACAUCCAGCGCCGCACGCUUCACGCCAUCUUCCAUGAGAACCAGCGGCCUUCCAAGGACCUGCAGGUCACCAUCGCCCAGCAGCUGGGCCUGGAGCUCUCCACCGUCAGUAACUUCUUCAUGAAUGCACGGCGCCGCAGCCUGGACAAGUGGCUGGAAGAGGGGCGCCCCCCAACCUCGGGCACCCACGCCUCCUCUGCUGUCACUUGCACCAAAGCCUGA